AUGAAGAAUCGGAGAGAAAGGAGGAUUUCCGUCAGACGACCGACUGUACCGGUGGAUCAGAGGUGGUCCUAUUCUUCCUCCCACCACGAUUCCCAGCUUUUGUUCGCCAGAACACCGAUUCCACCGUGGUUUCUGAUCCACGCUGACCAGUCGUCCCAGUCUUCAACGAUUUUCUGCCCUUCUUCAAUCUUGAGUACACGAUGGUCAAAUAGUGGAUCAAUGGGAGCCAGUCACACCGACUCUGUCAAAACAUCACUACAGGUCUAUUUAGAAAUCCAAACAAGAAAAUUCCUUGUUGACUACGAACGCAUUCCAGCAACAGAUGAAAAAUCACCCAAGGAACAUGAUUUUGAUAUGUUGGUUGAUAGAAUUUCAAGAGCUGAUCUUAAGACAGAAAUAAUCUUUAACUGCCAAAUGGGGCAUGGGCGUAUUACCACAGGGAUGGUCAUUGCCACAUUGAUCUAUUUAAAUCAAAUAGGAGCUUCUGGCCUGGGUAGACCCGUCUUUUGGCACAACAUGAGAGAAGAACCUGUUAUUUACAUUAAUGGAAAGCCCUUUCUGCUUCGUGAGGUUGAAAGACCCUACAAAAACAUGCUCGAGUAUACGGGAAUUUACUGUGAAAGAGUGGAGAGAAUGGAAGCUCGACUGAAAGAAGAUAUUCUCAAAGAACUGAACGUUAUGGAUGUAAGGACUGUGAGAUUCAUUGCUUUCAUGAAGGAUUGGAAGUCAAACGACUUGGUGGUCUCCAUGUCAUUGGGACAUCUUUGCAUGAGUCCCGAAGAAUUGAUAAUCAGCUUCGUGGCAGAGCAGGAAGGCAAGGAGAUCCUGGAUCAACACGCUUCAUGGUCAGAAUGAUUCCAUAUAUAUGUGCAAGCAAGCACAUGCCUUGUGAAAAAGGGAAAUCUAUUCUAGUCAUUCUCUUUAACAAGGCAACCUUAAAGUUGAUUUUUUAAACCUGAUGUUUAAAACUACAUUGAGUGUGAGAUAGAAGUUUAUGCAGAGAAGGAAAAUGAUAGAAGUUUUUGAGGAUGUUGCUGAUGAAAAAGAUA